CAUCGCGACGUUGAACGUGGGCCUAACCAUUUCACCUUCCAGGUUGAAGACCACAGCCCACCACAGCUCUUUACGACGCGCCCUACAGAAAGACAGGGGACUAGCUACUCUGGAUUUAAUUGCGUGUUCAUUGCGCACCAUCUCUAGAAAACGUCUGCUCGAAACAUUCUGACCAGUAGUAGAAGCAGAGAAAGACUGACCCCGCCACCCCGAAGCUGCCCUCACCUAGCAGCCUCCCGAUCAGUUCUCCCGACCGACACCCCAUGCAGCCUCCAGACGACAACAAUGCCCGCCUUACACAAGAGCCCGUCCAGCCCCUUCCCAUGGCCGCCUCCGCCAUGAGGCUGCCCAAGACCCGUCAAUCCCUCCCCUCCGACUCGCACCCGCUCACCCGCUCCGAUUCCUCCUUGCCGCCACUCCCCAUCCGUGACAGGCGCUCCACACCCUCCGCGGCGGCCUCUCUCUUCCGAUCGACUCUCACCCCGCCGGGGUCACGCUCAACCUCGCCCGCAGGCUCCAUAGCCCGGUCGCCGGCAAGAAUGUCUAUGACGGGCUCUGUGUUCGGCAGCAUCGGUGGGGCAACGGCGGGGUCGAAGCAGCAGAGUCAAAGCCUGCUAGACGCGGCGGCGGGCGGCAACCCGGGGGAUCCGCUCCAUCUGAUGCUGCGGAGUUUCGUGCCGCACAUUGCGAUCCAUGCGUCGGAGGAUGCGGAUAGCCUGGUGAAGGAAAAAGGGUUCGAAGGGGGGCUGUGGGAGCUGCUGAGGCCGUUCGGGGAGCGUGUUCAGGGCAAGGUCACGAUUCGGGAUAGUAAUGGCGCGGCGCGGACGUGGGAGGAUUUCGCCGUGAGGUUUGUCCGGUUUGGGCAAGGGGUCGAGGAGCCGGAGCCCCUGGUCGGCGUGGGGAGUGCCAACGGACAGACGGCAUCGGGCGUGGCGGAGAAGCCAGAUACGCUCGCGGAGGUUGAGACCGUGGUCGAGAGGCAUCUGCGGUUUGCUGAGGAGGCAUAUGUGGGGAGCGUUGCCUCCCCGCCGAUGACCCCGACGAGGUCAGGGCUCGAUCCGGAUGCUACGUCGCCGUAUUAUGCGCUCUACCUGCGGAGGUUGCUGUCCGGAAUCCCGUUGGCGUGCCAUGAGUCGUUCGCUCAUCCGGUAGCAUGCGUGAUGGCCAUCAGCUCCAGGAACCCGUCCCCAAUUGAGGCGCUUCAGAAGCUGUACCGAGACACAAGCCAGGGCGAGCGUAGGCUGCCACCCUGGGUUGAUGGAGACUAUCUGCGGUAUUACAUUCUAGUCCACGACGAGGAGAACGGCGACAUCACUAGGUCCAUGGCUCUGUUCGAGCAGAUGAAGCGCAACCUGGGCCUGCACUGCCACCUGCUGAGGCUCCGCAGCACACAAAGCGCCGAGACGGACGACGACAGCAUACCCUUGCCCCGAAGCGACUGGAUGACGGCAGCAGAGGAACUCGCGGAUAUCGAGGCGAGCGAUACACGGGAGGACUUUGAAGACCCCACGAGGUACAUCUUCGAGUCAGAUGCCACAGCAAUACGGACUUUUGUGAGGGAGAUGGUCAUACAGUCAGUUAUUCCCACCAUGGAGCGGAAUAUCUCCGUAUGGAAUGAUCAAGUCGCCUCGCGGCGGCGGGGCAUCAGCGGGCGCUUCAUGAGUCUAUCGAAGCGGUUUACCUUCGGCAGCUCGAGCCGCAGCUCCUCUGGCGGCGCAUCCGGCUCAUCCAAUAACUACGACGCUCUUGGCUUCUACCGGGCGGAUACGCCCGAGGCUAUCAUGCGGCGACUGGCCGACUUUGCCUUCAUGUUGCGAGACUGGAAGCUGGCCAUGUCGACAUACGACCUCUUACGCGGCGACUUCCAGAACGAUAAGGCGUGGAAGUACCACGCAUCAGCCAACGAGAUGGCCGCGCUGGCGCUGCUCAUCAUGCCGCAGAACAUGUCGUCCAAGACACGCAUCGAGACGAUCAACCAAAUGUUGGAGCAAGCGUUCUACUCUUACCACAUUCGCUGCAAUUCACUCUACGGUGCCGUGCGAUGCACCGUGCUCGCGCUGGAACUGCUCCGCCUCAGGGGCGGCUCCGGGAUAGACGAGGCCGUGCGAUGGGGCGUUAGGGUGAUGGAAUCCAGGCUGAUUGGCCCCGUGGGCGACACGCUCCUCAAGGAACGCAUGGCCGUAUGCUACGCUUCCAAACAGGGCGCCGGGUCACAGGCGUGGGGCAGCAGGCGGCGCAAGUCUGCCCUGUGGAGCGUCCUCAGUGCCGAGGCAUGGAUCGCCCAGGCAAAGUAUGUGCAGGCGCGGAAGUGCCUGACUGAGGCGCGCAGCAUGUAUGCGCUGCUUCCUGGCGAGUGCGGGGUGCAGAACUUUGCUGUGGCCAGCGAUUUCCUGGCCCAUCUCAACGACCAGCUGAAUACCGGACUGCGGGCGGACGCGGCAGGCGAGGGAGAGCGUACGGAACAGGAACAAGGGGCGGACUCGGAAUUGCUGGUCGUCGAUGAAGAGAGCGAGACACUGGGCAACAGUAGGUCGCGGAGAACUAGCUUGAUCGCUCCAGUCGGAGGGGGUGCUGGGCUCGAGACUGCGCCGUUGAACACCACAAAGCCAGCGAGUGUUCCUGAAGACGAGGGAAGGGCCCCCACCACUGAUGGGUUUGGAUAAUAAUGCAAGAUUCGGAUCCGGGCAUAUAUGCUUUAUUAUACAGGUAGACUGGUUCACACGCUGGAGGUCUGGGAGCAUGGGUUGGCGUUGUACGGAGUAUGUACUGUACAGUGUACUAUACGGUACCCAGGCUUCUAUGGUAAUGCCAAUGAACAACUGGAGGAGGAUGAGGUUCUCCAAGGACACGCUGUAUCGAUGAGGCAAGCGUCUAUACAUCUGCAUCCUGGAUUUCUAUUCUUCCAUGUUCUUCCCAGCUUCCGACUUCACUGACUACAGGGGGGAGCGACUCUGUCGGCAACCGCCUCGUUGCCUGGACGUCAUUGUUUGAUUCAACGACUGGCUGCCAGGCACCGA